CGGUCGGAAAGUCAGUCCUUCUCGCCCCCGCCCUUUUCCGAGAGGAUUCGGGGGCGGGACGGCGGCGGGAACGCACCCGCCUUUCCCGGGCUAGCGGGCGGGCGGUUGUCCGAGGCUCGGCGUCUGUGCGUCCCGUCACAUAGAUUACGCACACACUCCAUCCCGGGGUGCCGCCGGGAGCUCCCCCAGGCAGCAGUGCCCUCAUAGACCCGGGCACCCUGGAGGCUGGGCCGUGAUGGUUCGGGUCUCGGGUCUGAGGUGGAGCUAAGGGCUGAGAAGAGCCUGGGAGUAGCGACGGAGCACGAAGCCCUUGCUUGGCCGUCGGGCCCCGAGCUUCACGCCCUCCCGCCGACUUCCAGCCGUCUGUGUCAAGCUAUUUUUCUGGAAGCCCUGAACUCCGUGCCCCUCAAGCCCUGGGCCCCCUGCGGGAAUGUUCAAAAAUGAGUACCAGGGAGGUGCAUUUGUUGAAAUCUUUAGUGCCCAGGGUAAAAAUCCUGGAGCAAAAUGGAAGAUCCUCGGCAGUCCAUCUGUGAUUUGGAAAGAAUUUGAUAAAGAAGUUAAAAGUUUUGUGUUUGUACUGGAAGGCAGCAGCCAAACAAAUAAAAUACAGUUACCAAAGGAGAAUAAGCAAAUCCUUGGACUGAUCCAGAGGUUUCUUGUACUUCAGAUUUACAUACCCCUGGGACAAGACUUCUCUACUGAAUUGCUAAUUACUGAUUUGAGGAACAUAAAAAGAAGAUUGUAUUUAUCUACAGUCCAUAAGGAAUUGUCUUCAACCCCUCUUCAUGCAAAAAUCCCACUCUUCAUGAUCAAGCGCAAAAUUUGGUGCAAUCUAUGCAUUGACUUGGUGGCAUUUACCAAUGAAAUAUUCAAAGGAGCAGUUUUCCAGUCACUGGAUGGAAUUACUGUCUCAGCGAACUGUAAGCUACGAAAGAUCUUCACUUUAAAAUACAAGCCUCAAGACACUGCUGAUAAAGAUGCUGGACAUGAUGCUCCCUUUCCAAUAGAUGAACCUAUAGACAUUAUUCCAAGAAGCUGCCAACUAACGACAGAUGUUCCACAAGUCACACAGCUGCUAAACAUGACUAAACUCCGCCAAACUGAAAUAAAAUUUGGGGGUCAUCCUCUGAAUUCAACAGAAUCAGAUCAGUUCAUUAACAGAGGAACAGUUAGCAUGCGAAACAGUAAACAUCAAGAUGUUUGUCAUAUUGCCUUUGGAUCCAAAGUUCUUGGACCACCUCCACUCUCUGGCAGAAAAAAUAACAUGAGGCUAUCCAAUGAGACAAUAAGAUCUGUUGGGUCCAAAAGUAACCGAUUACGCCAGCAGUCUACAGUAGAGAAGUGUGUUAACAGUGCAGAAAUGUCAGACUUGCUGUUAUCUGAGUCUGAGGCACAAGGAGAUAAAGAAAAUAUUGGCCAAAUAAAGCAAACUGUACCUGUUCUUGCCAGUCUGCAUAUUAUGCAUCCACAUCCCCCUCAAGAACCAUCAGCUGAUAAGAAUAAUAACAGGAGAAGAUUACGCUUAAAAAGCACCAGCAGAGAAAGGACAGAGACACCCAGCGGCAAUUCUUCAGACAAUAACAGGAAUGAUGAACAUAAAGCAGCAACUGUCCUCACCGCUAUGUCCCAGCAAAGAGCAGAGACAAUGAACCCCAGCUCUCCAGUACCCCAGUCUCCUGAUCAAGCAGAUGAGUGGGUAUUUCCCGAAAAUGGCAAUCACAUACCCUAUUUGGCCUCUACCACACAGUCUCUACUUUUGGAUGAAGACUCCUGCCAUACUUCAUGCCUGUGGCUAGAAGCCAGCAAGGAAAGUGAACAGGAUCAACAGACAGAGGAAACCCAGAUUGUUCCAAAGGAUGUUUUCACUUUUUCAUCCAGACCACGAUCGGCACCUCAUGGAAAGACUCAGAGUAUGUCCCCAGAAGGGUGCCCGUUUACUUUGGAUCUAAAAGAAGAUACCAGUGUGACAAGGCGUGACACCCAAACAGAGGAAGAUUUUUACGGUGCUGACAGCAACGAAGAGGAUAACCACAGUGUCCAGGGUUCUCCAGGCCCAACAACUAGUCCUCCAGGGUUAACUCAGUUAAGUUUAGAGAGCAUGCUGGGGAAGGCUGCAAAGUGUGCAAGUAAAGAAUAUCUAAAAAAUGCGUAUGCAGAAGGAAGAACUUCAGAAAACCAGAAUUCCUUGGCGAAGCAGAUAGAUAUAAAAGACUUUGAAACGAGUUUUGUGCCUACACCAUCCCUUUCUCCACCUGGAAGACAUGAGUCCUCUCCGAAAAUUCCAGAUCUUGUUAUUAAACCAAAGGACCUACCGACCCAUCAAGUGUCAGCUUCAAUAAACAAAACCUUCCUAAAGGAAAUUUCAGAGGAGAAGUUGAAACCAAUUGCUGAGUUAUCUGAGUAUGACUGGAGAAACUAUCAGCCCAGUGAGAUUAGUGAAUCUGAGUUGCAAAUGCUCGCCAGCCUACGGCGGCAACAGAAUGAAGAACUGGAGGACACUGGGGCUCCCUAUGGCCUGAGCGCAUCCCAGGUUGACAACUGUAAUGUCAGCAUAAGCACCAGCAGCGACGACACAACCACGUGGAACUCCUGCCUGCCUCCGCCUGUCAACCAGGGCCGUCACUAUCAGAAAGAAAUGAACCCACCUUCUCCUUCGAACCCCCGGGACUGGUUAAAUAUGCUGAGCCCACCGAUUGUUCCUCCCAGUCAACAGUCCGCAGAGUGGCAUCAGGAUUCUUCUGGAAGCUUGAGUGUUCAAGAGCCAUCACAUCUGCAGCGCUCCUGCCUCCCAGCGUUGACGUCCCGCCCACACAAGGAUGGUCCUCCAGGACAAAUGGUGAAGAGGAGCUGAGUGUGGAAGAGGAUGAGGAAGUGCUGACUCUGCUGUAUGACCCAUGUUUGAACUGUUACUUUGAUCCCCAAACUGGGAAGUACUACGAGUUGAUAUAACGCCUGCUUCCAGGGCCAAGGAUGGCUGCCCCAAGUGGAGCAGGAGAGCAGCUCUGAUUCUGUUAAGUUGGCGUUACAAGUGUGUCUCCGGUAGGCCUACAGGAUCAGAAAGAACUAAGAGAGAUGAAGUCAGUUUGUACAUAAUGUUCAAUGUUAGGACUGCCUACAUUCUUUAUAUAGAUGGGUGUGACUUUUCAGAACUGUGAAGGAGUUAAUAUAGAGACAAGAUUGUAGGACUUUGAAUUGCUACUUAUUUGUUGGUUCUUAUCCUAUAUAUAAUUCUGUUUACUUCAUAUACUUUUAUGUAAAUGAAUUAAGAGUUAUUCAAAUUUUUGCAGUGUUAAUGUGUAAAUGAUGGCUUGAUACACAGAAAACGUAUUCAUAUUUAAAAGAUGCCUUUUCUUUUAUUACCUAUUUGUAUUAAAAAUAAAAUAUGAUGGUCAGAAGAA